AUGCCUGAAAAGCUACAUCAUGGCAAACGGCACAUAGACGAGGCUAAGACUGUGAUUGGCACGGGGAGGCUAGAUAAAGGCGCUCCCAAAAAAGCUCGAUUCAACUCACCAAACUCAGAUGACAACACUACACCGGACAAUGAUUCGGGGUUUGAAAUGCUAGAUAUAAAGGAAGAUUCGGGGGAGGAGGCGUUCUCUGCUUCCGACGUUGCUCACUCGCCGCUUACCAAAAGCGUGCCUAGCAACAUCUUCCUUCCGACCCCCGGCAUGCUUUACAUGAGCAAGUCUGAUGAAACUGAGGAGUCAUGCAUCGCCAUGGUGCUACCGUAUUAUGCCGAUAUUGGAUUCCCCCCUCACAACAAUUUGUCAUCUGAAUUCGAGGGACAUCACGAGAUGGAAAUGUCGCCAACGACACGAAAUGUUCAUGUCAAUAAGGCAUUUGUCCAGCACUUUGGCUGGGAUUUGCCGAUCAGCGAAGGUGAAGAGACAACAAAUGAUAGAUCGGCCCCUGCUGUAGUUAUCAGCGGGACUCCACGAAACGCUUCGGUUCCGCUUCGGUCGCUCAUGUUAUUCAGUCAGAACCCAGAAGCUCUCCGCGAAAUCGGGGAUGUUGACGAGGCUCUGGACUUGUACGGCCAAAUUCGAACACGCCAGGACCUCCAAGCAUUGGAUAAACUCAUGACUAAGAAUUGUAUACCUUCCCAAUUGACUUUUAAUGUUACUCAAGCCAAGAACACGGUUAACAUAUCCGAACCAGACGAGGGAUGUAGUUUAUCCGAUUCUGCUCUCGAGCAACUGCUGGUUGUUGGGACGAUAGAUGAUGAUACCGUUAAUGGACCAUAUAUGACCGAGGGCAGCAAAGAGCCCGAGUCAUCAGAAGGCAACCAUGGUAUCACAGUGCAGAUUCAACAGGAGCUACCUGGAGAUACCCGUCCUCUUCCAAAACUGCGCAAUGCUGUCUCUCCUGCCAAAUCUGUGGCAAGCACUUCAAACGACACUAUUGUUGACGUUGAAGGGGUAACCAGGAGACGCCGUUUUACCCACGGCGACACUGUCGAAUACGGAUGCCACGGAAGGCCCGCUUCGCCAACAGCCCAUCAGACCCACCAGACGACGACGGGAUCUUUGCAUUGA